UUUAUUUAUUUUAAUCAGAAAGAAUAAAUCUGCAAUCCGUUACGGCGUUAACGCCGAGUGCCACCGGACGUUAGUAAUUAGCGCUAAUUUGAGGUGCGAUCCUCCCUCGGCUGCGCUGCAGUGUCCUGCGGACUGCAACAAGACCAACGCCUUCGCCAUGGAUUACCUGAAAUCAGUUGUACCUUCGCAACUUAUUUCCGAACGAGGUUCUAAUCUGGUAGUGAUAAACCCAGGAUCUGCACAUAUUAGGAUUGGCCUUGCAUCGCAGGAUGUUCCUUUUAAUAUUCCUCAUUGCAUUGCUCGUUAUACCAAUCAACUGCCCAAGAGAAAUGUUCAAGAUCAGAUGCUUAAUUCACAAGUUACGACUGCGCAGCACAUGGACCGUGAGAAGGCGUAUGAUGUCAUUGCGUCAUUGCUAAAAAUACCGUUUCUUGAUGAAGAGGUUGCUAGCAAUUCUUUCCCACGUAAGAUGGGACGUGUUGAUGGACAUAAUAUGCAUAAUGGCAAGAAGGAUACUGUUUUUUCUUGGACUGAUGUACAUGAGAAGGACCCAACUUUGUCAAUGGCUGUGGAAAGUUCAAGCUCCAAGGAUGUGGACAAUGAGUCUUUGGAUCAGCAUGUAGUUACCGAUUCCAAGGAGCUUAGUUCAAGUGUAAUCAGAUAUAGACAGUUUAUUUGCGGUGAGGAUGCUCUUAAAGUAUCACCCAGUGAGCCAUAUUGCCUACACCGUCCUAUUCGCAGAGGUCACUUGAAUAUCUCACAACAUUACCCUAUGCAACAGGUACUUGAGGACUUGCAUGCUAUUUGGGACUGGAUUUUGAUAGAAAAACUGCAUAUUCCUCAUAGCGAAAGAAACUUGUAUUCCGCUAUUCUUGCCGUCCCAGAAACAUUUGACAACCGUGAAAUAAAGGAGAUGUUGACUAUUGUAUUGCGAGAUUUGCGGUUUGGUUCAGCAGUGGUUCAUCAAGAAGGGCUUGCUGCAGUUUUCGGGAAUGGACUAUCUACAGCGUGUGUUGUUAACAUGGGAGCACAGGUGACAACAAUUAUUUGCAUCGAGGAUGGAGUUGCCCUGCCUGCUACAGCAAAGACGUUGCCUUUUGGUGGAGAGGACUUAUCUAGAUGCCUACUGUGGACUCAGAGGCAUCACCAGACUUGGCCACCAAUUCGUACUGACAUCUUAUCAAAGCCUGUAGAUCUUCUGAUGCUUAAUAGACUGAAAGAGUCGUACUGUGAGAUUAGGGAAGGGGAGGUUGAUGCUGUUGCUGUAGUUCACUCGUAUGAAGAAGGCAGUCCUGCUGGUUCUCAUAAAACAAGACUGACUGCUCUUAAUGUACCACCUAUGGGCUUGUUCUUCCCAAUGCUUUUGGUUCCAGAUGUGUAUCCACCACCACCCCGUGCAUGGUUUCAUGACUAUGAGGAUAUGCUGGAAGAGACAUGGCAUACAGAAUACUCUAGAAGAUCUGAUAUGCCUGAAAAUUUUUAUCCUGGAAUUAACGUUGGUUUCCCAACGUGGGAUAGCUACCCAGUUUAUGCAACUAGACCGAGAAAGGAAGAGAAGGUUGGCCUUGCUGAAGCCAUCACCAGCAGUAUCCUCUUAACAGGGCGAAUUGAGCUCCAGAGGAAACUGUUCUGUAGCAUACAGUUGGUUGGUGGGGUGGCUUUGACAAGGGGUCUUAUUCCUGCAAUGGAGGAAAGAGUCUUGCAUGCAAUUCCUUCAAAUGAAGCAAUAGACACUGUUGAGGUGUUGCAAUCAAGAAUAAACCCUUCUUUCGUAUCAUGGAAAGGUGGAGCGAUUAUCGGAGUGCUUGAUUUCGGGCGAGAUGCUUGGAUACAUCGUGAAGACUGGAUUAACAGUGGAAUUUUUGUUGGAAGUGGCAGAAAAUACAAGGAUUCUUAUUAUCUUCAAGCACAAGCGAUGUGCUACAUUAAUUCCUAGAAGGUGACCUGUUUCUGCUAUUUUCCUACUGAUCAGGAACAGCUCAAAUUUGUUGCCACUAGUGUAAUGGAAGUUGAGCUUACAAUGCUCUAGAACUUGAUAUAACUGUAGCAAAUGUAACAACCUUAAUGUGCACAGUUGUCAUUAUACAGAAAAUUUCUGAGACUUUGUCAUGUUUCUUAUUGCAGAUGAUAAAUUCUUUUGAUUUGUAA